UCGCAAUCUCCAAAUCUCGGUUCGGCGGUUUUCUACCCCGGAUUUCGAACAUUUCUCCGCAUCGACAAGAUCUCAUCUGGGGUUAGACCGUUGACCGUAUGGACUGAACGACCCGGUUGUUAUACAAGAUGUCUCAACCCCAUUUGCGUAACCACCGCUUCCCAUGACCAAAAUUGACGACAAUAUACAGCCAAAAUGAAGGUUGGAAUUCUCUCGACCUGCUUUUGGAUCGUUUCUGCACGUGGUUUGAGCUUUGGCUCCCCCUGGAAAGUCGAGGAGUGUUCCAAAUUUGCAUCCUCGCUCCACAAGAUAGACGACUCGGGCACGUUCAUUCUAAAUUCCAGCUUUGUCCAGGCGAAAAGUGCAAAUAUCAGCGGUACUUUCAACGCCUUUCCAGUAUGCCGUCUAUUCGCAGAGACCCCGUAUUCCGGGAACAAUUCUGUGGUUUCUGAACUUUGGCUGCCUGCCACUGAGAGUUAUAAUGGUCGUUUUGUGGUAGUUGGAAACGGUGGUAUGGCUGGUACCAUUGCUGAGGGCGACGUUAUUCGUAACCUCAACAAAGGGUACGCAGUAGCAGGAGGUAACUCGGGUCACUUAGCUUCCGAAAACAAUGACGGAAAUGGCGAGCCUGGCGUGUAUAUACCGUAUAUGCAUGAUCAGGAGCAAGUAAAAGCUUGGAUACAUAACUCCAUAUCAUACUUCACGCCAGCGGCUAGGCAGAUGGCAGCGGCAUUCUAUCUCAAACCCCCCAAACACAGCUACUACGAAGGCUGUUCAACGGGGGGCGCUCAAGGUUUUGCUCUUGCCCAGUUUCAUCCGAAUCUAUUCGAUGGUAUCGUGGCAGGAUGUCCCGGUAAUUGGUACUCCCACCUGGCUCUAUCAUUCUUGUGGAAUGCCCAAGUAACCCAGAACUCGAGUUUCUUGCCACAAAUUACACUAGAUCUCAUAACUCAAGCAGUUCUAGGGAAAUGUGACGCCAUCGAUGGAGUUGAGGACGGGGUCCUAGAAAACCCCCUGUUGUGUGAUUUCGACGUCUCAUCAUUGGCAUGCGAAUCGUCUGACACCAACUCGUCUACGUGCCUUGCGCCAGCUCAAGUCGCAGCAGCACAGAAGAUAUACGAGGGGCCUGUCGACUCCCGGACAAAUGUCUCUCUAUACCCAGGGUUCAGCGUAGGAAGCGAGACACAGUGGAUGAACCAGGAAGGAGGGCUCGCGGAAGCAUUUUCCAUCCCAAUUCUGCAGAACAUGGUUUUCGAUAACUUGUCAUACGACCACUUGAAUUUUAACUGGGGCACCGACGUCGAUGCCCUUGACGCUAAAGUCGGCACGUUUAUUGAUGAGAUUAACCCGGAUUUAUCCUCCUUAGAGGCUGCCGGCGCCAAGAUGAUCGUUCUGCAGGGAUGGGCUGACCCCUAUAAUGCCGCUACAUGGCCGAUCCAGCAUCUUCGCAAGAUGGAAGAAGUCUUCGGCGGGGAUGUAAGCGAGUGGUUUCGGCUGUUCAUGGUGCCUGGCGGCGGACACUGCGGGUCGGCCUCGAACUAUCCCCAGGUCCCGGGAACUUGGCACGCGCUCGAAGCCCUUGCAGAAUGGGUCGAAACUAAAAUCCCGCCGGCUUACGUGCUCGGGACAGACCCCUCAGAUGAGAGUUUGAGUGGGAAGACGAGCAAGCUUUGCCCCUGGCCUCAGACUGCUAAGCUUCGCGGUGGUGGUGAUCCGGAUGAUUGGAGUUCAUUCGAUUGUCAAAAUUAGGUACUGUCUAUAUAUCUAAAGCAUCUUCCCAUGUUAGUAGGUUCUUAAGAGGGCAUAUUUCUCAAAUCUUUCAACCGAGGGAUUAAAUGUGUCUAUGAUAUA